UUAGAGCUGGGUUUUAAUGAUUUCAAUGGCCAUGUCCCUGAAGUGAUAGCAAAUUUGGCCAAUUUGACUUUAUUGCAUCUAGGAGACAACUGCCUUUCUGGCCACAUUCCUCCCCAUAUCGGAAGGAUGACUAACCUGUGGUACUUAGCUCUUGGAGGUAAUCAGUUUACUGGUUCUAUACCCCAUGAGAUCGGAAUGAUGAAGGGACUUGUUCAACUUGACAUGUCAAGCAACAAUCUCUCUGGUAGCAUCCCCAGUACUAUCGGAAACAUGUCUAGUUUACAACAAGUUUAUCUUUAUUCCAAUCAAAUUUCUGGGCAGAUUCCACAGCAAAUUGAGAAACUCUAUUCUUUGGAAAGAUUGCAAUUGUCAGACAAUAACAUAGUGGGGUCAAUCCCACCAUCCAUAGGGAACUUGAUCAAUCUAAGCAACCUUCUCCUUUUUGAAAACAACAUUUGUGGAUCUAUUCCGUCUAGCAUUGGAAACUUGACAAAGCUCUCCAUGCUAGAUUUGACAACAAACAACCUCUCUGGAUAUAUUCCAUCUAGCAUUGGAAACUUGACAAAGCUCUCCGUGCUAUAUUUAGCAUCAAACAACCUCUCUGGAUCUAUUCCGUCCAGCAUUGGAAACUUGACAAAGCUCUCCAUGCUAUAUUUAGCAACAAACAACCUCUCUGGAUCUAUUCCGUCCAGCAUUGGAAACUUGACAAAGCUCUCCAUGCUAGAUUUGGAAAAAAACAACCUCUCUGGAUCUAUUCCGUCCAGUAUUGGAAACUUGACAAAGCUCUCCAUACUACAUUUGGCAAUAAACAACCUCUCUGGAUCUAUUCCGUCUAGCAUUGGAAACUUGACUGAGCUCUCCCUACUAAAUUUGGUUCAAAACAAACUUAGUGGCAAUCUUCCACCAGAGAUGAAUAACCUUACAAAAUUGGUAAGCUUGCAACUUGGAUACAAUGAUUUCAAAGGUCAUUUGCCUCAAGACAUUUGCCUUGGAGGAUUACUUACAAAAAUCUUUGCAAGUAACAAUCAAUUCACUGGUCCAAUUCCAAGAAGUUUGAAGAACUGCUCUAGCCUUAUUAGAGUCAGGCUUGAAAGUAAUCAACUUACAGGGAAUGUCACAGAAGCUUUUGGUGUAUAUCCACACUUGGACUAUAUUGAUUUAAGUAACAAUGCACUUUAUGGCCACUUGUCACCCACAUGGGGGCACUGCAAUAACCUUACAAACCUUGAGAUCUCUUCUAAUAACUUGUCGGGGGGCAUACCACCAGAACUAAGUCAGGCAACAAAGUUACAACGACUUCAUUUUUCAUCAAAUCACUUGAUAGGAAAUAUUCCAAAGGAAUUAAGCCUUUUGUCAUUAUUGAGUGAACUUAGUUUGAGCAACAAUCAACUUUCAAGAAACAUUCCUAUCGAGAUAGGAUUGUUGACGAAACUUGAACAAUUAAAUCUAGCUAACAAUCACUUAAGUGGCUCAAUUCCAGAACAAUUGGGAAGGUUGACCAAAUUAUGGGAAUUGAACAUAAGUGGAAAUAAGUUCUUUAGCAUUCCCACUAGUUUUGGUCGAUUGCAACAGCUUCAGUUUCUUGAUCUUAGUGGAAACUCAUUUACUUGUAGAAUCCCAGCAAUGCUUGGAGAGCUACAACGAUUGGAAACAUUGAACCUCUCAUGUAACAAUUUCUCUGGAAUGAUUCCUUCAUCUUUUGAUGAUUUGAAAAGCUUGACUAUGGUUGACAUAUCACACAAUAAAUUAGAAGGUCCACUUCCAAAUAUUUUAGCCUUUCGUACAGCUACAAUGGAGAGAUUAAUAGGCAACAAAGGCUUAUGUGGUAAUCUAUCUAGCCUACCAAUUUGUCCAACAACAAAUUUUGAAUCAAGCCAUUCCAAGAGCAAGAAAGUAGAGAUUUAUGUUGUAUCCUUUAGUUUGGGAGCUGUGAUGCUGGCAACAUUUUUUGCUUGGAUUUCAUAUAUUAUUUUCCAUCACAAAGCAAGAAAAACAGAAAGUCAAGUGCAAACUCAAAAUUUAUUUGCCAUAUGGAGUUAUGAUGGGAAAUUAGUAUAUGAAAACAUUAUUGAAGCCACAGAGGAGUUUGAUGAAAAAUAUCUCAUUGGAGAGGGAGCAUCUGGAAGUGUCUACAAAGCAGAACUAUCCACAGGUCAAGUUGUGGCUGUGAAGAAGUUUUAUUCAGUACCAGACAAGGAUAUGUGUCAUCAAAAAGCUUUUAUGAGUGAGAUUAGGGCCUUAACAGAAACUAGGCAUAAUAAUAUCAUCAAGCUAUAUGGGUUUUGUUGGCAUUCAAAGGUCUCAUUUUUGGUUUAUGAAUUCCUAGAAGGAGGCAGCAUAGACAAGAUACUAAGUGAAGAGACACAAGCAAUUGCAUUCGAUUGGACUAAAAGAAUCAAAGUUAUUGAAGGUGUGGCUAAUGCUUUAUACUAUCUUCAUCAUGGAUGCUCACCUCCGAUAGUUCAUCGUGACCUAUCAAGCAAAAAUGUUAUUUUAGACUCAGAUUAUGAGGCUCACAUCUCUGACUUUGGGACAGCCAAGCUUUUGUAUCCAGAUUCUAGCAAUUGGACCUCAUUUGCUGGUACCUUUGGCUAUGCUGCUCCAGAACUUUCUUACACAAUGGAAGUAACCGAAAAAUGUGACGUUUAUAGCUUUGGAGUGUUGGCUUUGGAAAUAAUUAUGGGAAAGCAUCCAAGAGAUCUCAUAAUUUCGUGUUUCUCAUCAACAUCUUCUGGUGUAGCACCAAUAUUAGUUGCUCACAAUUUGGAUAUGAAGAAAGUGCUAGACCAAAGGCUACCUUAUCCUCAAGGCUUAGUGGCUGAGAAGGUGAUGUUGACUGCAAGAGUAGCUUUCACUUGCUUGAAUGAAAAUCCACGUGCUCGCCCAACUAUUGACCAAGUAUGCAAGGAUCUUGCCAUGCAAAAAUCACAUCUUUCUGGUUCCAUUCCAUAGCUUCAUAUAAGUUCUAUUGGAGAUCUCAAUUGAAAAUAAGAUAAUCACAAUGUGAUGAUGUGUGAUGUAUUAUUGUCUUCAUACUUAAUGUGUUCCCCUAUUCUACUCAUGUUUUGCCUUUUGAAUAAGGACCAACCCAAAAUAAUAAUUAAAUAUUGUGUGAUUAAGUUGAUUA